UAAUGGCGGCCGCGACGUGGGGCAGUUCGUUUCGCUUCUCGAAUGUGAAACAUAAUGUCACCAGCACCAAGGAACAGCAACUGGCUCAGGCCCCGAGGAAACGUACCGACUCUCGGCGGAGGCAGGCCGCCCUCAGCUUCCUCAGUAACAUCUCGUUGGACGGCCGCCGGCCGGUGGAGGUUAGCAAUGCGUACCGGCCGGAGGUGGAGCCGGACCAGGAGAGGCCCGCGGCGAUGUCGGUGGCAGCUACGGUCACAGCCAGUACCAGGAGCGGGCCGCUCGGUCUCGGCUGUAUCAGCUGUAUCUCAGGGGUACCGAGCGCCGCGGUCAUCACCCAGACUCCCCGGCUCGGGCCUCCGGUCGGCACCGUCUACGUACGGCCCGCCAUCGCGUUGCCAAGGGAGCCGGCCGCCGGACCGGGAGCUGACACUCACUGCGAAGUAGUUGCUGCCCCCUGUGUCCAGCAAGGGGCUUCAGGCCCGGGAACACCUCUGCCAAAGACUGGCCUAGUGCCCACACAAACGGCCACUCUCCUUGGACUUGACUUCCAGAAGCAGAGAAGCAGAACCUCUUCAGGAUCCCCCCAUCCAAAAAAUACAAAGAAAGUUCACUUUAUCAAAAAUAUGCGGCAAUAUGACACGAGAAAUAGCAGGAUAGUUCUUAUCUGCGCGAAAAGGUCACUGUGCUCAGCUUUUUCUGUCCUGCCUUAUGGAGAAUUGCACAGUACUGGAGACAACAAGAUGGAAGGACCCAGGCAACGUAAUCCUUCUGGUGGCAUUUCAGCUUCAACAGACAUGCUGCUUGGACUUGAUGGAGUCGAAUUUGGUGCAGACGUAAAGUCAGUUUCAUAUGCACAGUUCCUUUAUCCCACCAAUGCCUUUGUUAUGCCAAAAACUCUGCCUGAGGUUCCACCUGCAGUCGCACAGGUUCGCAACAGCAUGCAUCGAAGUUUUACACCAGGAAGACAUGGAGCUGCCACAAUAGCUAUGGAAUUAGGUAGUGAAGCUGGAGAUUUGAUAGAGUAUGAUCCAAAUCUUCUUGAUGACCCCCAGUGGCCAUGUGGAAAACACAAACGGGUUCUAAUCUUUGCAUCAUAUAUGACCACAGUGAUUGAAUAUGUAAAACCAUCUGAUUUGAAAAAGGAUAUGAAUGAAACAUUCAAGGAGAAAUUUCCUCACAUUAAGCUGACGCUCAGUAAGAUACGAAGUCUGAAACGUGAAAUGCGAAACCUGGCAGAAGAGUGUACUCUGGAACCGUGUACUGUGGCUUUAUCAUUUGUUUACUUUGAGAAGCUUGUCCUCCAAGGCAAAGUCAAUAAGCAAAACAGAAAGCUUUGCUCCGGUGCCUGCUUACUACUAGCAGCCAAAAUUAGCAGUGAUCUCAAGAAACAUGAAGUCAGACAUCUGAUUGAUAAACUGGAAGAACGGUUAAGAUUGAACUCAAAAGAGCUGGUUUCAUUUGAGUUCACCACACUUGUGGCUUUGGAGUUUGGCCUUUAUCUUCCUGAGAAAAAAGUGCUACCUCACUACAGACGACUUGUUCAGCAAUCCUAAAUGCAAUUACAUUCCUACUGAAGAUGACCAGCACUUGGAAGAAGCAAGCAAUUCUUCCUUUAAUGCUACAGUCUUGAAUCGUGGUUCUCUUCAGUUAGCAUAGGAAGUAUUGUACCAAAGUAACUUCUGUAGUGCUAAUUAAUAAGUUGCCGAUUUUGUCCAAUUUUUUUCAAAGCUGAUUUGUGCUACCUUUUUUUAAACUAAAGCACCUUUGCCCAAAAUUGGAUGAACCUUGUAAAGGAAUAUGUUUGGGUGAUGGCCUGUCACAUGUUAUAGUAAUUACUAUUACCAAAAAUUCAUUUACUGGGCAACAGCACUUUCCUACAUGUUGGCUUGUCGUUGCCAAAAUAUCAAUUUCUAUGCUAUCUGUUCUUCCAACAAUUGUCCUACUGUACUUAUAAAACUGACUCCUCCGUUAGUUGCACAUACGUCAGCACUCUAUGUUAGAGAUUCAAAUGAAGCACAUUUUAUAGUGCUCUGCAGUCUAUAUUUAAACUAUUUUGCAUUUUCUGUUUUCAAUGUGUAGUAUGUUAAAUGUAUGCAGUAUUUCGUGAAAACAUGUUCCUUUCAAUCAUCAUCUUUGUUGAAUGAAAUGUUUAAAAAUAACUCUCCUCUCUUUCUUGUUUUGUUGUGAAAUUGUUAACCUUAUAAAUGAGGUGCUGGUUUACAGAUGCACUUAAUGACUCUUAUCACAGCUUGUAUGUUGAAAAGUCAUGUUGAAAUUCAUCUUUUAGUUGCCUCUUUAAGCAGAGAAUGCCAGCUUUGGCAAUUAUUUAAUAUUUAAAUAUCAAAUGUCUUUUUUUAAAAGAGAGUUUACAUUCAGAUUUAAAAUGUUAUGUUCUGUCUGUUUCUUCUGAGAUUACUAUUAGUAAUAGCAACAGGGAAUGUGGAAACUCUCAGAUCAGGCAACACGUGUAGAGUAAGGAAGACAGUUAGUAUUUCAGAUUAGUGACCUUUCAUCAGAGCCAUGGACUUGAAAUUUUAAAUGUAGCUUCCUACCUCUAGUGCUGCCUGACCUGCUGAUUGUGUAACAUUUUCUGCUUAUUUCAAGUAUGAGCAGUGUUGUUGCUUUUUGGGGUUUUUUUGUUAAAUGUACUUACUUCACAGUGUGAAGCUAUUUCAGGUAUUGAUAAUGGAACCAACAAUGAGCAAAUUGUGAUGCUCGCAUAAAAUGCCACUUUUUUGUGAAAUAUGGAUCAGUCAACAAUUUCAAAAACUGUGAAAAGAGCACAAUACCAUGAGUUUCUGUUCUGUUUUCAUUGACUGUUGAAUUUGUUUGUCUUUUAUAUAAAAAAAUGCAAAAGAUCAUUCAACAAUUUAAGCCUGUUCAGCUAUUCAAUAACUCAUGGCUGAUCUGUACCUCACCUUCUGUUGCCUGCCUUUACGUCAUGUCAAAUGAUGACCUUUACCUAACAAAAGUCCAUCCAUUUCAAUUUUGAAAACAGCUCAACAUCUCAUCUUUUGACAACUUCCAGACUUCUACAGCCCUUAUAAAUUGUUAUAUGCAAACAUCUUGCUCUAAUUUUAAAGUGAUGUCCCCUGGAUUUUCAAUUUAUUUUAUUAAUUAAAUGCCUUGAUUAGGUGACCAUUCAAACUUCUAAUCAUAAAUGAUUACAAACUGAACAGUCUUGAUGGUUUAACCCUUUAAACCCUGGUUCUACUUUAUAGUGUGCUGUAUAUUCUCUGCAGUUCAGACAUCUUUCCUGAGAUGCAGUACUGAAAGUCAGCACAGUAUUCUAGGUGGUUUCUAACCAAGGGUUUGUAUUGCUGAUUCACUUUUUUUAUUUCAACUGCCAUGAGAUAAAGCCACAUUCCAUUAAGCUUUUGAACACUUUCUGCACUAGCUUUUAGUGUAUAUGAACACCUCAAUGCCUUUACUCAUCUACAACUCUCAUGGCCCCCUCAGCUGGGAGUAUUCCAUCUGCAGUAGUUUACCACACUUUUUUGAAUAUAGACUUCAUUUUAUAUAUUUCAUCUAUUUCCCAUUUGUUUUAUUUUAAUUGAAAAUGUGGAUUAUUUUGCUACAUGGGUGCUGCAAGCAAAUUUGUUUAUAAAGUAAUACGCUCAUUUAUUUAUUUAUAAUAUAUAAUAGAAAAGUGGAACUGAUUGUUCCUGUAAUGGUACUUGUCUUUCUCAAUUUUGUUUUAGGUAAAUGGGAAGCCUUCUGAGUAAUUCUAAAUAGUCUGUCUUUCUACUGUCUCAUUGCACAAGUGACUUUGUCUGGAGACUUAAAAGCUUCUGUAUUAUAAAGUUUAUGCAUAUUUUUAUUCAUUUUGUAUUAG